GCGACCUUCAUUUUUUUCUCUGGCCCGGUUUAGGCUUGUUUCUGAUGAAAGUUAGCGCUACAGCAUGUACAAUUAAAUCAGCCAUACAGUUCGAGAUGGAUGAUCUGGAAACUGGAAAUGCUGACAUUGACGCAAAAGUUGACGAAUGGAUGCGAUGGGAUAGGAAUGAUAAGAAUCGUGCCGAGAUCCGACAACUGGCUUUGGAGAAGAAUGUUGCCGAAUUGGAGAAACGCCUGCUUCAGAGGAUGGAGUUUGGCACAGCAGGUCUUCGGGCGAGGAUGGGAGCUGGCUACUCCAUGAUGAAUGACCUCACGAUCAUCCAAGCAACACAGGGUCUGGUGAAAUACCUUAUAGCGACGGUUCCGAAUGCCAAGAAGAACGGUGUUGUGGUGGGAUACGAUGCCAGACACAACAGUCAGAAAUGGAGUGAGCUGGUUGCAACCAUAUGUAUCAACGAAGGUGUGCCAGUCUACAAGUACUCUAAGAUCUGCCCUACUCCAUAUGUGCCGUAUGCUGUGGUGCACUAUGGAGCUUCAUGUGGGAUCAUGAUCACUGCCUCUCACAACCCAAAGGAAGACAAUGGCUAUAAAAUAUACUGGACAAAUGGAGCUCAGAUCAUUCCUCCGAUCGACAAGGGUAUUGCGACGUCCAUCAGAGAACAUCUUGAGCCUUUCCCCACGUCCUGGGAUACAUCCUGUGUCGCUGACAGCAAGCUGUUGAGGGAUCCCUACGAUGAGAUAUUUGAUCUGUACAACAAAGAUCUCCAUCAUCUCUGUCACUUCAGAGAUCAGAAUCUGUCCUCCAAAGUGACCUUCACCUAUACUGCCAUGCAUGGUGUGGGGUACAAGUUUACGUGCGAGUCUUUGCAGAGGUUCGGCUUUCCUCUUCCUGUACCAGUCAAAGAACAGGUGGUGCCAGAUCCUGAGUUCCCCACAGUGAAAUACCCCAACCCAGAGGAGGGCAAGGGAGCACUGAAAUUGUCAAUGCAGACGGCAGAUGCUAAUGGAAGCGUGGUAAUCCUGGCCAAUGACCCUGACGCAGACAGACUGGCAGUAGCUGAGAAACAGCCCAGUGGUGAGUGGAGGAUCUUCACUGGGAAUGAGAUAGGGGCCCUGUUGGGGUGGUGGAGUCUCUUCACCUUCAGAAAAAGUCGCCCAGAUGUCAAAGACAGUGAUAUUUGUAUGGUGGCCAGCACAGUUUCCUCCAAGAUCCUGCAGACCAUUGCCAAGAAGGAAGGGUGUAUCUUUGAUGAGACUUCGACGGGCUUCAAGUGGAUUGCUAACAAGGCUUGUGAUAGACAGAAUGAUGGGAAACAUGUCAUCUUUGCAUUUGAAGAGGCUAUUGGGUUCAUGUGCGGCACCAAGGUUCUGGACAAAGAUGGAGUGAGUGCAGCAGCAGUGAUGGCAGAGAUGGCAACAUUCCUGUACAACGACAACUCAACUCUGGCUAAACAGCUGGAAGAGAUUUUCAACAAAUACGGUUAUCACUUGUCACGAAAUUCCUACUUCCGGUGUGAUGACCCAGCUAUUACUGCCAAGAUGUUUCAGAAUCUCCGUAACUUCGAUGGUCCAGGAAAGUAUCCAUCAAGUUGUGGCCCUUACAAGAUCAAAUAUGUUCGAGAUCUGACAGGCAAAGGCUACGACAACAGUCAGCCAGAUAAUGUUCCAAUUCUACCUACAAGCAAGUCCUCAGAGAUGAUCACAUUCACAUUUGAAAAUGGCUGUGUGGCUACCCUGCGGACAAGCGGCACCGAACCCAAAAUCAAGUACUACACUGAACACAAGCCAGAACCCACUAAAGGAAUGGACCGAGAAGAAACAGAAAAGGAGUUGAACGACAUGGUCCACUGUAUCGAGACUCAUUUCUUGCAGCCAGAGACGUUCGGACUUAUUCCACGACCUACCAGCUGAAUGAUGUGAGUGUCACAUCCAUCCAACUGUCUCCUACUACUAAACCACAGGCGCACAUAGCUUCAAGCACCCGUGCAAUGGCCCCAGAAUACUCCCAGCUACUAGUAGCUAGCUUUUGUUACAUGUAGUGUCAAACCUUUUAUAUGUUAUACUCUUUUACUCACUCACUCAGCAUGGAAGCUUUUUUGAGCUUACCUACAAGAUAUUUUGAGCUUGUUUGAGAAUAAUUUAAUUAAUUGUUUAGAUGUUAAAUCGUUAUUUGGUAUAAAUGUAAAUGAACAGGAUAAGUUGGAAGGCUAAUAUGGAUUAAGGGUAUUUAUCUUGUGAGAAUAGUGGUACAAUUCCCCUUUAUAAUCGAGGAUGCACCGAGAGAAGUUGAUCUGUGACUACAGUAUCUACUUCUAGAGGGAGAUUUGCGUUAGAAAUUGGCACUAGUCCUGUAGUCCUUGCUAAACUUCCCAAUAGUUAAGGUAUCAUAAAGACUAGUAACAAUUUGCCAUUACUAAGGGUUUUGUUAUAUGUUAUCAUUAUAAGGACUAGUGGACUAAAACAGUUAGCUUCUAUUGCUGGUCCGAUAUGGAUGUAUUAAAUCUGAGUAGAGAUGAAAAAGAAAAUCAUUCUCCAUAUAUAUUCCAAUACCUCAAUGCCAAAAAGUCCUGUGUUACCUAUUUGUCCUUAACCUGUUUGUUUAGAGUCCCAUGUUGAUUCACAUCUGCAAUAAUCAUUACCCUUGUCUCAUGCUAUAGAAGCAUAUAAUACCUAAUCAUGAUAAUGGCAACAUCUUUUGUUAAAGGAGUGUGACAAGGGACCUGUCAUUAUAUACACAUGACAUAAUGGGAAGUUUUGGUUUUAUAUCUGACAUGUACCAGGCAAAACAUGCCUUUAAUUCUGUUUGAAGCUGAUCCAGAAAGGUUUUAACAACGAUCUCUGACUAUGGAUGAAACCUCGAUUCAUCACUUCCAGCCUGAGUGCAAACAAAAAUCCAACCAAUAGAACCAUUUGACAUAACCACCACAAAAGAAGGCAAAGUCUGUCCACUCAUCUGGAGCUUAUGGCCUCCAUGUUCUGUGAUGCUGAGGGUGUCAUCAUGGUGGAUUAUCUUCCAAAAGGCCAGACAAAACUUCUGAGGUUGUUAUUGUUACUGGUGUUUUAGUGUCAUUUUGUUAUAGUUAUUAGUAUUGUAAAGGGUGUUCAUGAUAUUGGUUGGUUGGUUAUUUGCUCCAGUGCAAGUUGCAGAAAAUUUUCCUACCUAGAAGGAUCUUGUUUUUGUAAUAAAACUGACAGCAGGUCAGUAACGUGUGGUCAGCAUCACUGAACUGAUUUUUGAAGAAUCAUACCAACCAAUAGAAGAUGUUACCAUGGUUACCAUGCAAGCAAUAUUUACAAUAUGUUGUUCUUCUGUUGAUCUUGUAUUGUUUGAUGCUGCUGUCAGUAUUUAACCCAGAGAAACAAGUCAUGGUCCAACUCCACGUGUGGUUAAUGCCUUUGUUCAAAACCUUGAAGAACAAGAACUACACUUGAAAACAUGGCCCAGACCAGGACAUGCUUUGUCAAUAGUGGAAGAAAUUGUUCAGAAUUCUACAAACAGGUUGACAUCUCUAAUUUGAAUUCUAAUACUGAACUUGAAGUAUGGAUUGAUUCCCUAAAAUUGGAAAGUUUGGACAAAGUCGAAAGUGCUACUGAACAUGUGGUGUCAUAACACAAAGAGAACACACCAUUGCUUAAAAAUGAAGUUGCUAAACUCAAAAAGAACCACAGUUACACAGAGAGAACCCUGAGACACUUUAUUGUCAAAUCAAUCAAUUUUAGUGAAGACCAUCUUCCCGAGGCAAGGGAGUUGCUACAUUUAUUCACAUGUCCAACAGAGAUGCGGUGUUUUGAGCCAGAAGGUCCUUGAAAGGUAUGUCAUGUGGCAUUCACACAGUUUUUUCCGCCUCUUAUGGGGAAGCACAGACAAGCUCACCUCGCUCUUGAAGAUAAGUAACUUUGGGCUAGGGUGUGAGUGAUUGGGACAGAGGUCAUCUUGGAAAGAAGGGAUCCGCUAUUCCUCAUCAACAUGGAAAAAUAUGACUUAUCUGGUAGCCAUUUUUAUUGAUGUGGACGUGUUUACAUUCAUAAGCCACCGUAUCAUGCUUUCCAACAACUGUAACUGGACAUCGUAACACACCAAAGACAUUUUGUAUUAUCACCUAUCUUUCCGUGCCCAAAACAUUUUCCUGCCGAAAGCAUCUUCCAUCUUCCCAAGGCAUGAGAGUUAACUGACUAUAAAAGUCCAGUUUCCACCCUUGCCGAACUAGGCUGGAAUUCCUGGGCUUGAUCGUAGCGCCACCAGUGGUUAUUAUGAGUUAUGUCCCU